AAAGUUUAAUAAUUAAUUUCCCAUAACUUUAUUAAAAAUAAUCAAGAUAAUUUAUGGCCACUAAAGCAGCUCCUCCUCACACAGCCACACAUGCAAAAGUGUAUUUUCUCUCUCUUCCCCACGUAUUGCCGCGGUGUCUCAACUACGUUCUAGCAUUUGAUACGCAAAAAAUCUGAACCCUUAUCUCCCAAAUCGAUUCUCCUCCAAUCACAUUUUUCUUUCUCUUCUUGAAAGAUUCUUCCUCUUUGUUCUCAUCACUCGGCUCCAGCCCCUUUUCUUAACCUUUUUCAUCACAGUUCAGUUUCUUGAGCUUUUGUCAGUCUCAAUUCUUGAUUUCAAUUCUCAAUCAGCUUUUUCAGCAGAUAUUUUGCUGGGCAAGAGACUCUCUCUCUCUCUCUCUCAUUACAUAUCUGUUUUGUGGGUGGUGUUUUUUUUUUUUUUGUUAAAUUCUUGAAAAAGGAAAUUAUUUUUGUGGUUUUCAGCAUAUGGGAUUUUGUUUUUGGUGCAUAUUGUGAAAAGGGUUGGUGUAAAAUUUUGAUCUUUGACAAGAACCCUUCACUAAUUAUCUCUCUCUCAUCACAUAUCUGUUUUGUGGGUGGAGUUUGAAUUUUGUUGAAUUCUUGAAAAAAAAGAAAUACUUUUUGUGGCUUUUUAGCAUAUGGGAUUUUGUGUUUGGUGCAUAUUGUGAAGAGGGUUGGUGUAAAAAAUUGAUCUUUGAGUGGAGAAAACACAGAAGAUGAAGAUUCAGUGUGAUGUGUGUGAGAAGGCGCCGGCGACGGUGAUCUGCUGCGCCGACGAGGCGGCGCUGUGCGCCAAAUGCGACGUCGAAGUUCACGCCGCCAACAAGCUUGCCAGCAAGCACCAGAGGCUUCUUCUUCAGUGCCUCUCCAACAAGCUCCCUCGUUGUGAUAUUUGCCAAGACAAGCCGGCCUUCAUAUUCUGUGUCGAGGACAGAGCACUCUUCUGCAAGGACUGUGACGAGCCCAUUCAUUCAGCCAACAGCCGCGCUGCAAACCACCAACGCUUCCUAGCAACGGGGAUCAGAGUGGCUCUAGGCAACGCUUGCAACGAGGGUAAUGUCAAGAGUGAGUUGGAUCCAAAGCCCCCGAAAUCCAUCUCACAGCAGAUUGGUCAGAAAUCCACCCCACUCCAUGUCUCUGGAAUCACAUCUUCGUCGUGGGGUGUCGAUGAGCUGCUGCAGUUUUCUGACUACUCAUCACCGGACAAGAAGGAGCAGCAGGACUUCAACGAGCUCGACUGGCUCACGGACAUCAGCUACUUUGGCGAGCAAGUAUGCCCGGAGGUUCUAUCAGCAGCAGAGGUGCCUCAGCUCCCGACGUCUCAGCCAAGUAGCAUGAUCUCCUACAGGCAACCGAAAUCGUACAGCCCUCACAAGAAGCCGAGAAUCGAAGUUCCUGAUGAUGAUGAGGAGUUCUUCACAGUUCCUGAUCUUGGUUGAAUUCUUGAUGAUCUCCAAAAAUAUGUCAUAACACAUCACAAAAGAAAAGAGAAGCUCAUAUGUAAUUGGUUAGGGCAUAUUUGUAGCAUGCAAAUGUGAUUUCUUGCAUGUUGUCUUAGGCUGAAUGAUGUCUUUUGUGACACCCUUUUCACAUUCUUACUUAUAUUUAUUACUUUAAAUCUUUGUAGGA